AUGGCUAAUUUUAUUGUCAAUGAAGAAAUCCCGGAUUUCCUUGAAGCAGUUGUCGAGGAAGAUCAAGUUGACAUUGACCAUAUUGCUGUAAACCUCCCGCUAAAUGAUGAAAGAACUGAUGAAGUCAUCCAAUCAUUUGUUGGAAACACCGUGAAGCUCGCAACCACCAGGGGUCGUGCCUGGCAUAGAGAAUCGUGGAAUUUCAUGGUUCUCGCUUGGGACCCGUGCAUAAUACUUACCUUGUUAUGCAAUGUCGUUAGACAACGGUUAUGUCGUUACUUCUGCGAGGAUGGUCACGUCGUCCUUCCAUCCGCAGAUGAUGCUAAGCAUUUAAUAAACGGACAUAUCAAACCAAUACCAACGCAGACAUUCAUUGCCGCCCUCCGUUACGCUGAUGUUCCCUACAUGCGUAUCAUAACGUUUGGCAUGAAGCAACCACUAAACAUCCUCCCUCCAUUACCUCGAGACCUUCUGCUCUGCCAAGCAACCAAUCAUGGAUACCCGGAAAAUGAAUAUGAUGUUUCAGUUUCCCACCACCACCCCUUCAUUUACCUUGUCAAGGCAACUCAACCUUUACCUCCAAACCUGACCAUCCACCAAUAUCCCGUCCUUACACCGCUAACCGCAAACCGACGACGAUCCCUCGGAGGAAACCUUACCAUUGUAGUUGAUGAACCGGAAGAGGUGGUAAGCAUAAAGGUUUACAACUUGUUAUUCCAUCUCCUCAGGGCUUGCAAUCCUGAGCCAUUGGCAUCUCCAGUAACAACCCGACAAGGUGAAGGCCAGUUCGACAGGCUAAAUGGCAUAAUGAAGUGUUGUCAAAUAACCGUCAGCUAGUCGGUGGAAUACGUAUGGAAAUAAGGAUCAGAAUGAAUCAUGUUUUAGAUGCUGUUGACCAUAUUCUCGAAAGACAGCAAUUCGAUCCUCGUCAAUUCGGCGUGAACUGCAACUACAACAAGGUCCCCGUCAGACGAUACCUCGUAUAUGCAGAGGAAUUGUUUAGAACGGCCAGAGCAAUCCUUACUCGUUCGGGUGUUAUGGCGCAUGUUGCGGCGAGAGAAAUGUCAAACGUGGAAAAGAGAAUCUUUGGAGACCUAAAGCUAUUAUUUGGAUACCGUCACUCUGGCUUCCACACUCAUCCAGGUGGCUGCAACAAGCAACGGCCCCACAACCACCUCGAAACCCAACUCCAAACCCAACUCCAAACCCACCUCCAAACCCACCUCCAAACCCACCUCCAAACCCACUUCAACAUGCUGCUCCACAACCACCACCCGGAGACAACGAUGAAAUCCUGAUCGCAUUGGCGCGACAACAUCGAAAACCAACAGGACAGCGAAGAAUUAAUUGGAUCGAUGUACACCGCUUUUAUAACGUCAGGUUUCCAGACUCGAAUUCAACGAAACAUCAAUUGAAAAAUAGAGUACAUACUCUCCAGAAGAAAAAUCCAUCCAUAUUAGGUUGA